AUGUCAUCCAUGCCAACAACCCACCCUGGAGUACAUGGAAAUACACCGAAUCCUUACCCACAAGCCAUUUUUACGGCUCCUGAGUCUCAACAAUCUCUGGGUUUCAUAAACCGAGGAAACCAACCUCAAGGUGGUCAGCCUCCUUUCAACGCAUCUCCAGGAAUCUCUACCAGUCAGCUGGGACAAGUAAAUAUACAAAUGGGAAAUGCAGCAGUAGAUACAACCGUAACAAAUUUUAAAGAAGACGGAAAGAUACUAGGGGCGAUCCAGAUCAUCAUUGGAUGUAUGCACCUUGGUUUUGGAAUUAUUUUGGGUUUAAUGAAUGUGAUCUACUUAGGUGUCGCAGGUUUUGGCUCUACUGCUUUUGUUGGUGGAUACCCAUUCUGGGGUGGCAUCUCUUUCAUCAUUUCUGGCUCUCUCUCUAUAUCAGCAUCCAAGGAGUUUUCCCCUUGUCUGAUAAAAGGCAGCCUAGGCAUGAAUAUUGUUAGUGCUAUCUUUACUGCUGUUGGAUUGAUUCUGCUGCUGCUGGAUAUGUCCCUCAAUGGCUCCUAUGGCCAAGAUUACUGGGCAUUGAUUGCUGGGAAAGGAAUUUCAGCCAUGCUGAUGAUCUUCUCCCUCUUGGAAAUCAGCAUAGCUUGUGCCACAGCCCACUUUGCCAGGAAAAUAAUCGCCAACCCCAACAGGUCUGUCCUGGUUAUUCCAACUGUGUAUGCAAACAGCUCCUUGGCACCAAGCCGUUCCUGAGUUCCUCCUAGAUAUGAAGGUCUUCCAGCUAAUACUCCUAAGUAAUAAACGAAAAAGUCGUUUGUCCAGUUUUAUGGGUUGAAAGUACUCUGCAGAAACUACUUAAGAAGUUGACGUUUACUGUCUACAAUGACCACUAAUCUUUAAAGAUGGUUUGAAAACCACUUUCAUAUUCAUCAUUAAUGUAUCUCCUGUCACUACUUCUUCCUGCACACCAGUACUGCACGCUGGUGAAGAUGAAUGUCCAGAGGAGUGAAAAUGAC